CUCUCUCCAUCUCUCUACUCUCCUCCUGUACUGUACUCUUUUUCUAUUUUUUAAUUCUUAAUCUCCCUAAAACCCACCAUUACACUCUUCUAGAUUCCUCCCUUCUUCCCUCCCCGACUUUGUAUUCUCUCUUCCUCAUUAUGCAACUUCGCCUGGUGGGCAGCGUAGCUCAAUAUUUGACUCCGGAUUCCUAAACGCUAAUCACGAAGUCAUGGUUUACGCUGCAAUUUCUUGCGACAACCCUUUUCUGGGGGCUCUCCCUAAGCUCCAUCUAUCGCCCAAGAAGUCGAGUUUUUUAUAUUGCUCCAAGGCGCCUCUGCUUUGUUAUCAGAACCGUCAAAAUUCUAUUGCCAUAAACAAGCCCACUAUCUUUAUAAACCCAAAUCAAGAGAAUGUCAAGAAGGAAAAGAAACGCAACAUGGUGUAUGAAACAAAAGAGAAGAGGGGAUUUCCUCAGGCUGGCAGCAGACAAAUGUUGCUCUUGUGUGGGUUGGGAUAUUGGGUGCAGGGGUUUCGGUGCUUUCCGUGGCUAGCUCUCAACCUUCACAUGGCCAACAAUCUUAACUUGGACCCCUCUACAUUGCAGCUUGUGCAGAACUCUGGUAAUCUUCCCAUGGUGGCCAAGCCCUUUUAUGGAAUCCUUUCUGAUGCCAUCUAUAUCGGCGGUGCUCGUAGGAUACCUUAUAUUGCCAUUGGAGUUCUUUUGCAGGUCCUGUCUUGGGGAUCUCUGGCAAUGAUCCCUAUUGCAAGGCAAGUACUUCCUAACUUAAUUGCGUGUGUGCUUCUCAGCAAUCUGGGAGCAUCUAUAACAGAAGUAGCGAAGGAUGCUCUCGUGGCAGAGUAUGGCCAGAAGCACAAAACUGGCGGCUUACAGUCAUAUGCGUUCAUGGCUUUAGCUGCUGGUGGAAUUCUAGGCAACCUGAUUGGUGGUUACUUCUUGAAGGAAAUGCAGCCCAGGACCAUGUUUCUUAUAUUCUCAGGUUUACUCUCUCUUCAACUUGCAAUUUCUUCCUCGACAAGAGAGAAAUCUCUGGGCUUGCCACAAGUUUCAGGUCAUACUUUUGCUAGAUCAAUCUUCGAAGAUAUCAGAAAUCAGCUCUCUAAUCUUGUCACAGCAAUCAGCGAAGAAAGCGUUUCUGGCCCUCUUAAGUGGAUUGUCGGAUCUAUUGCCAUGGUUCCAAUACUUUCAGGCUCUAUCUUUUGUUAUCAAACACAGCAGCUAAACCUUAAUCCUUCAGUAUUUGGGUUGUCUCGGGUGAUUGGCCAGUUGAUGCUUCUAUCAGGGACUGUUCUCUAUGACCGCCACUGGAAAAAAGUUCCAAUGAGGAAACUGAUAGGGAUAGUGCAAAUUUCAUAUGCUGCAUCUCUACUGCUUGAUCUGGUUCUGGUAAAUCAGAUAAAUCUCAGACUGGGAAUCCCCAAUGAAGUGUUUGCCCUUUGCUUCUCUGGUUUUGCAGAAACUUUGGCACAAUUUAAGCUCCUUCCUUUUUCAAUGUUUUUCGCAAGCGUAUGUCCACAGGGCUGUGAAGGUUCUCUCAUGUCUUUCUUUGCAUCGGCUGUAUGCCUUUCAUCAAUAGUCAGUGGGUUUUUUGGCGUUGGAUUGGCUUCUCUGCUUGGUAUUACUUCUGGCAAUUACUCAGGCUUGACCAUGGGAAUUCUGAUACAAUUCGUUGCAGCUCUAGUUCCUUUGAGAUGGAUUCAUUCUGUACCUAUGUCUCAACCUACUGUUGAGAAGGGAAGGAGAAGAGGUAUGAAUAGAAGAACUCGGAAACAUAGAAGAGUUGGAAAAGUUGUUCUUGGUUCUAUUUAUGCCUAUCGGCGUGAAAGAGAAUCAGAGAUAUAGAGGUGAAAAUAGGUCAUGUUUGCAUCUGCACUUGCUCUGAUCAUGGAGAGGUGAAAAGGAAAUGAGUGCCCUUAUAUGUGCCUCUCUCUUUUGAUCAUCUAAAGAUUAUGCAGGAACUAUGUGUUAUCAAUGGUUCCGACAGAUAGGCCUCUGCAACAAAGGGAGGAUAUUUUCUCCAUGCUGGACAGUUCUGAUCUUUUUCCCAACACCUUUUCACCUGUGAUUAUUGAGCGGAGACUGGUCCUGACCACUUCCUUCAAAAAUGUUCAGAUUUCAUCAUUCGGCCUCGUGAUUUUCUGCAUGGCUCAGCAAUCAACGGUCCAUAAUUGAUGGCGUUUUCCAUCAAUUCGUUGAGGGAUACCCAGAAAUUUUGGUCUUAUCCAGCAAUUGGUAUACAAGAAUCUACGAACCUCUCUGGGAGCCGAGCUUUACUUCAAGGUAGUGGUGGCAUCCAAAAACAUAAUUAAGAAAACCUCUGAACCUUUCACAUUUGUUUAAUUUCUGGAUCCAUUGAAAAUUUCUGAGCAGGUUUGGUAGUUGGUGCAUGCCUGUUGGUGGGAUCGGCAUUGUACAUUUUGCAGUAUUGAGAAAGAAAACGUGAGAGCUAUGAAAUUUCGAAAUAGCAGAAAGAUGCCCUUCUUAUAAACUGGUUUCUCUCAGAUUUUCCUAUUGAUGAAUCCCAUCAAAAUCUUAUAGGGUCCUUUGAAAUAA